AUGGCCAAUAGCACAGAGGUGAAAGACUUCAUCCUGGAUGGUCUAAGCAGUGCUGCGGAGCUACGGAUUCCCCUCUUCAUCUUGUCCACCCUGAUUUACCUCUUCUGCAUCUUGGGGAACCUGGGAAUGGUCCUGCUGAUCCUCUUGGACUCCCGUCUCCAUCCCAUGUACUUUUUUCUCGGGAACCUUUCCUUGGCAGACUUUGGGUACUCUUCUGCUGUCACUCCCAGAGUGAUGGUGGGGCUCCUUAUAAAUGACACGGUCAUAUCUUACAAUGCAUGUGCUGCUCAAAUGUUUUUCUUUGUCGUCUUUGUGUCUGUGGAAAAUGCCACCCUGGCAUUAAUGGCCUAUGAUCGCUAUGCUGCCGUGUGCCAGCCCUUGCACUACUCCACAGUCAUGUCGAGGUGCGUGUGCAUGCACCUGGUCAUGGGCUCCUACUUCUGUGGCUUCCUAGAUGCCUCUGUCCACACUGGGGGCACAUUCAGUCUCUCCUUCUGUGAGGCCAAUGUGGUCCACCACUUUUUCUGUGAUGUUCCAGCAGUCAGGGUUCUCUCUUGUUCAGAUAAACACAUUAUUGAGAUGGUUCUUAUUUUCCUUACAAGUUUCAAUGUCUUUGGUGCUCUUCUGGUUGUACUGAUCUCCUAUCUGUUCAUAUUUAACAUGAUCUUCAAGAAGCACUCUGCUCAGGGAUACCAGAAGGCUCUGUCCACCUGUGCCUCCCACUUCACGGCUGUCUCCAUCUUCUACGGGACCAUCAUCUUCAUGUACAUACAGCCCAGCACCAGCCACUCCAUGGACACGGACAAGAUGGCAUCCGUGUUCUACACCAUGGUCAUCCCCAUGCUCAACCCACUGGUCUAUAGCCUGAGGAAUAAGGAGGUCAAGGGUGCAUUUAAAAAGAUCUUACAAAGGCCAAAUUAUCUCUAG